CGUAGGGCCAUCUAUGGGGAAACAGGGUCACCUAAUAUGGCAUUUCUGCGCUUCAGUAUUGUGAGCAAACUCUCUUUGAAGAAAAAAGGCUCGCUUGCCUUGAAACUGCUAUGUUUUACACUUCUUGUGAUUGUCUUCUGUGAAUUUUUAAUUUAUUACGUAGUUAUAAUUCAGUGUCACUGGCCACAAGUGAAAACUGAGACUCCAGAGGGCAGUGAACAGACUUCAGAGUCGGUCUUGAAGGCUGUGUUUUUAUCAGAUACUCAUUUGCUUGGUGAAAUCCAAGGACAUUGGUUGGACAAGCUAAGAAGAGAAUGGCAAAUGGAAAGAGCCUUCCAAACUGCCCUAUGGCUGCUGCAGCCGGAAGUGGUUUUUAUUCUAGGUGAUAUCUUUGAUGAAGGGAAAUGGAGCUCUUCUCAGGCUUGGUCAGAUGACGUCAGACGCUUUCAGAACAUGUUUAGGCAUCCAGCCCACACUGAGCUAAUUGUGAUUGUGGGCAACCAUGACAUUGGCUUUCAUUAUGAAAUGACUGCAUUCAAGUUAAAGCGCUUUUCACAAGUUUUCAACUUCACCUCAGAAAAGCUGGUAACUCGGAAAGGGAUAAAUUUUGUCCUGGUGAACAGUGUUGCAAUGGAGGGAGACGGCUGCAAAAUCUGCAGGACUGCAGAGGCAAAGCUUGCGAAGCUCUCUUACAGACUGAACUGCUCAUUGCUGGAGCAAAGUCAGGACCAAAAGAAGUGCAGCAGUGUGGACAAACUUCCACCUUCAUCCCCGAUACUAUUACAGCAUUAUCCUCUUUACAGAAGAAGUGACUCUCAAUGUACAGGAGAUGAUGCUGCUCCUCUUGAUAAAAGGUACGACCCUUUCACAGAGAAGUAUGAUGUGCUUUCUGAGGAAGCUUCCCAAAAGUUGUUAUGGUGGUUUCAGCCUCGGCUGAUUCUGAGUGGUCACACCCAUAGCGCCUGUGAAGUGUUGCAUAAUGGGAAAAUUCCAGAAAUCAGCGUUCCGUCAUUCAGCUGGAGAAACAGAAACAAUCCUAGUUUCAUCAUGGGCAGCAUGACAUCGACAGACUUCUCCCUCUACAAGUGCUUCCUUCCAUUUGAGAACACAGUUGUUGCUAUCUACUGUGCAGCAGGAGCUGUGCUUGUGCUCCUCAUAAUGGCUCACUUUCAGCCUCUCCUUGCCUUCCCUUUUCUGUAUGUUCAGCGUUUAAUCACUAAGCAUAAAGCAGUAUGAAGAGCUGGACGUUUGUAAUCGGUCACUGACACACCAAAGCUAAAGAACAGUCCAUCAGACUACAUUCAUGCCAGCAAAUGCGUACUUGAAUUGCUAGCCCAAAGGCAGGGUUGCCUUUACACACAGAAAGUCCUAUACAGUUGAUAUGACUUUUUUUUCUCUCUACAGGAUUAAAUUAACUGAAUGCUUCAUGCUGUACAAAAAUAUUGUAUUCUACAAUCAAAUGAGUCAUUUUUCCUUGCUAAAGUUUUGUAUCAAACAUGUAUAUUAAAAGUUUUAAACUGUACACUAGAUGUCUACAAGCCUCCUCUUGUGUCUGCACUAGAGUGUCCUAUGCUGCUAGAGGCUUAGUCUUUCUAACUGGAAACAAUUCUAAAGUGUUAUUGCUGCGUGACCAUCUAAUGUGGUACUUCUUUUCCUUGAUGUCAGCAAUACAAGAUGUAGAGUUAUUUUACAGUAAGAUGUUACAAACAAAAGGCUCUUGUUUGGGAGAAGUAACUUACUGGCCUCAGAUGAGUCACCUUGCUUAUGUUCAAUGUAAAGUAGUUUUAGAUGGUAUUUGUGUGUUGUCUACUUGACAAUAAUUCAAAACCCCUGGCUAGCUGGCUUGCAAACUAAUGGCAAACCAAGCAGAAAAGUGAGGAUAAGCCGUUUGAGCUAUCUCAAUA